UGUCCCUGCGCUUCAAGUUAACCGGAGUGGUCUGGGCCGCCAUUUGGUCAAGUCUCGAAUCACAGAACGGCUUUCCACACAAUUUGAAGAGCUUAAAGUCCAUCUUACCCACACUAGCGUUCCUGUUCGAAUCUCGCGACAAGUUUACGUAUGUUUGGGAAUUAUGGUUCUCAAUCACUCUCUCAGCUCUCCUCGCGUGUCUCUAGUGCUGGCGAUCUCUCAACCACUCUUUCCUCAAACUGACUGAAUCGGCCAUACUCUCUCGUUCUUGCUUCUCUACCACGUACUCUAGCAUUCAGCGAUGUCAACUCGCGCCAAGUUGACGUUGGGAGCGUCCCUCGGGUUCGCCGCGUUGACAAUAUGGGGAGUGCAUUUCCAGCAGGAAUUGCAACAUGAGGCCAUGUACAAAGGUGUCAUACGCGACGACGAACGCCGGAAAGAAAAGAUGGAACAGCGAGAAAGGGACUUAGAGGAGUCGAAAAGGAAACGGGAGCUGUAUGAAAAGUUCCAGCGCGUGGAGAAGGUUGAUUGAGGUCUGCGUUGGCUGCAUCCUUCCGAACCUUGCUUGAGGUUGCGACUCGCAUUCGUCAACGGCCUACCAUGCGUGCCAGGGAUGGAAUCCAUACCCUCGCCACUACUCCCUUCGUUACAUCCGAGAGGAUGUAAAUUUCCCUGCAGGCAGCGAAUCUUAUGUUCGCGAUGCCUGAGACAUACUUUAAGCAGAACUAAUGCUAUAUGGGACUGAAAGUCGUGCCACGGUUGGUGCGCACUCCGACCGUUCAUUGAGAUGAAGCUAGCUCUAUGUAGUACUUGUGGCGAUAAGCAGUCUCAUUCUUUACAUCCCCGAUACAGCGAGCAUUGAAUCAACCCACGUUCAACGUCCAGCCCGUCGGCGUACGCAUCGCGACCCGCAGGAGCCGGAAACAUGUGGUGCUUGUUGGCAUUACGAUCGCAAUGGAGUUUCGUUUCUCUGGUCUCUCUUCUUCCUGCACCGCCAGGGUUUCCAGCCGCAUCUCUCGCUCUGAGUUUAAUGCCGGAGUUUUCGAGCACGAUCAUUAGUCUGUUUCACAGUCGAGCAGCGGCUCCUGAGCAGGGUGGUCUGCUUAGUGGAAAGAAUCCCACGGCCUACAACACUGCGGAUCCGCUCAGGUUAUGGAUCAUCCAAGUCGGAAUCAUCGUCGCCACUGCAAGUCUCCUGUCACUUGUGCUACGCAAGAUACGCCAGCCCAAAGUCAUUGCUGAAGUUUUGGGUGGUAUAAUACUGGGUCCCACCGCCUUCGGAGCCAUCCCACACUUCACCGACCGUAUAUUCCCCCCGCAGUCCAUUCCAUAUCUCUCCCUUGUAGCCAAUAUCGGUCUCGUGCUCUUUCUGUUCCUUGUAGGUCUCGAAAUUGAUGGAUCUAUCAUCAAACGGAACGCGCGCCUGUCUGCGAGCGUAGCUGCCGCUGGCAUGAUCCUUCCAUUCGGCCUGGGGGCAGCUUUGUCUGUGCCAUUGUAUCACGAAUUCAUUCUCCCCGUCGCGCCAAACGUUCGGUUCACCUACUUCAUGCUGUUCAGUGGUGUGGCGUUCUCGAUCACCGCGUUCCCAGUGCUCUGUCGCAUUUUGACCGAGCUUAAGCUGCUGGACACCACUGUGGGGAUCGUGGUGCUCUCGGCUGGCGUCGGUAAUGACAUUGUGGGGUGGAUUCUUCUUGCGCUUAGCGUGGCACUUGUCAAUGCUGGUUCGGGACUCACCGCUCUCUGGAUUCUGCUCGCAUGUGUUGGCUGGACGCUGUUUUUACUGUUCCCGGUCAGAAUAGCACUCCGCUGGCUGGCGUACAAGACUGGGUCCGUCGAGAAUGGACCAACGAUGCUCUUCAUGACGGUCACCAUCCUCCUGGUGUUCGGCUCUGCAUUCUUCACUGAUGUCAUUGGCGUUCAUGCUAUUUUCGGAGCCUUUGUUAUGGGACUGACCGUGCCCCGAGAAGGCGGUCUUACGAUUGCACUGACUGAGAAAUUGGAAGAUAUGGUGUCCAUCAUAUUCCUACCCACUUACUUUACCAUCUCGGGGCUCUCUACGAAUCUAAGGCUCCUAGAUACUGGUAUCACCUGGGGCUACACGAUUGCGAUCUGUGUUCUCGCGUUUGUCGGCAAAUUCGGCGGUUGUACCCUCUCUGCUCGAUAUCUUGCAGGCUUCAAUCUUCGAGAGGCAAGCGCGGUCGGAUCAUUGAUGAGUUGCAAAGGGCUGGUGGAACUGAUUGUGCUCAAUGUGGGGCUCUCAGCUGGCAUCCUGACACCUCGUGUGUUUUCUAUGUUCGUGCUGGAGGCGCUCACUUUGACGUUCAUGACCACGCCCCUCGUCACGGUUCUUUACCCGCCGGCACUGCGGGUCCGAGCAAGCGGAAGUGGAGCCAACUUCGAUAAUGUCAGUGGUGCUGAUGAAGCUGGCCAUCGCCAACGGGUGCUUCGCGAUGGAGCGCGGACGCGCUUUACGUUUGUUCUCGACAGAAUCGAACAUUUGCCCGGCCUCAUGUCAAUCGCCCAACUGAUUCAACCUACCGGCAUCACGCAGACGUCAUCUUCGGGGUCGUCCACUCCGGAAAACCGCCGUGCUUCCAAAUCAAGCGCAUCUUCCGAGUCUUCCGAACUGCUAUCCAUCAGCGCAUUGCGAUUACUGGAACUGUCCGACCGUGUGUCUGCUGUCAUGCGAUCAUCUGCCUCAGAGUCUUUGCUGCACUCUGAUCCUGUCCUGUCUAUCUUCCGAAUGUUCGGCGAGCUGCAUGACUUGCGCAUCGACACAGCGCUGAGCAUCGUGCCCUUUGACAACAUGGCGCCAAGCGUGACAGAACACGCGCAAAGCACGGAAGCGGACAUGAUCGUCCUUCCGUGGUUGCCUUUCGCAACACAUGCCGAUGGAGUUUCGACACUUGAGCCUCACGAAACUGCGCCAGUGACUCCGCGGCAGUCUCAGAAUCCGUUCGACGCGCUCUUCAGGGCCACAGGCGGCGGAGAUAGGUCUGCAUCAGCUCUUCACGCUCAGUUUGUGCGGGGUGUCUUUUCGGAUGCUCCAGUGGACGUUGCCCUGUGUGUGAAUCAGGAACGAAGUGCCGUUGGUCACGCGGCGGGCAGCAAGCAGCAUCUGAUGCUCGUCUUCUUCGGUGGCCCGGACGACCGGAUGGCUCUUGAGUUCGUCGUGCAGCUUUGCGCUGGGAGCACCCACGUCACAGCCACCGUGUUGCGGAUGUUCAAGCGAGAGAUGGACACCCAUAUGACGCCGAUACGCAGCGCUCAUUUUGGCCCAGAGAAAAACGAAGAGAUCAACGCCUUGACUGUAGCAUCUGCCAUGACCGGAUUCCCCGACACAGUCUAUGGGCAUGUGUCCGACGAAACGAGAAUGCAGUCUCAAACCGCAGACAGCGUCGCAUGGGAAAAAUACGCCACUGACGAAACCAUCUCGCGCAUCGAUUUCCGAGAGAUAACGACUCCGAUCCCGCUUCACGCUGCGAUCCAUGAAAGCAGGAUGUAUCACGAAUCGCACCCUUCGAGCCGGCUGCUGAUAGUUCUCGGCCGGUCGCGCCGGCUCGCCGUUGAAAACCAUGCUGGAGAGCUGAAAGAGCUGACAGACGAGUAUGGGACUGUCGGUUCGGAGGUGCGCAAGACCAUGGGUGAUGUUGCCACUGCGUUUGUUGCCGCUGGCACUGGCUCGGGGCUGCUUGUGAUGCAGGCCGCCAAACAAUGA